AUGCCCGGGGAGGAGAAGGUGAAGCUACACGACCAAUAUGACCCGGUCGGUCUGCCGGACUACGACCGUGAAUUCCUCCAGCCGGACGAGCUACGCCGGUUCGAGAAAGCGUUAAAUGCCCCCGAAGCCUCUCCUCUCGUAGCCAUCAACGACUGGCGCCCGAUCAACCAGCGCGUGCGCAAGACCCGGGGUCGCCGAAAGGCCCCAAAGCGAAGCACAGACGAGACCCGCGAAGGCGUGCUUUACACGGUGCUGAAAUGGCCGUUUUUGCUCACCGUGUUCGCUUGGAUCGCGGUGCUUAGCUGUGGAUAUGUCCUGAUCCGAGUCUACAUCGUCUUAUAUGAGCAGUGGGUCACCUGGCGAGGCAAGCGGCAGCGACUAAGACGAGACCUCUGGACGCAGACAAAUUACCCGAACUGGCUGAGGGCCGCGCAGGCGCUGGACGCCCACCUCGGCAAUGAGAAGUGGAAGCAGGAGGACGAGUACGCCUAUUAUGAUCACCUUACCAUUACCAAAGUGGUGGAUCAGCUGAAGAAAGUGAGAUAUGCGGCUGAGCGUGAGGCCGUCCACGAGUGCACGGAGGAGACGGAGGUCACGGCGGUAGAAGAGCUCAGUGCCCUACUGGAGGCGUGUGUCAAGAACAAUUUUGCCGGAGUCGAAAAUCCUCGGGUCUACAGCGAGGCCUACUCGGGGACAAAGGACUUGGUCCAGGAGUAUAUUGACGAGGUGCAUACGUGCAUCCAACUCGUGCUAAACAGCCGCUUGAUCGACGAUGAAAUCAAAUAUCGGCACUUCAAGCAUCUCGAUACCAACUUCGGCCGGACGGCACUUUGCCUCUCUGGUGGCGCAACUUUUGCCUAUUACCACUUCGGCGUCGUUAAGGCCUUAUUGGAUAAUGGAGUCCUACCGGAGAUCAUUACUGGAACGUCUGGUGGAGCACUGGUUGCGGGCCUCGUUGCGACCCGGACCGACGAGGAGCUUAAGCAGCUGCUCGUCCCAGCUUUGGCACAUCGCAUCCGAGCCUGUCAUGAAGGCUUCACCACAUGGGUACGCCGUUGGUGGAAGACUGGCGCUCGGUUCGAUACGCUAGACUGGGCCCGGCAGUGUAGCUGGUUCUGCAGGGGCUCGACAACCUUUCGAGAAGCCUAUGAGCGAACUGGCCGUAUCUUGAAUGUGUCUUGCGUACCCUCAGAUCCUCACUCACCCUCCAUCCUGGCAAAUUAUCUGACCUGCCCCGAUUGCGUAAUAUGGAGUGCGGUUUUAGCUUCGGCGGCCGUCCCCGGUAUCCUGAAUCCAGUCGUUCUGAUGACCAAAAAGCGCGACGGCACACUGGCGCCUUACUCGUUUGGGCAUAAAUGGAAAGAUGGCAGUCUCCGAACGGAUAUUCCCAUCAAAGCGCUGAACUUGCAUUUCAAUGUUAAUUUCACGAUUGUGUCUCAGGUCAACCCCCACGUUAAUCUGUUCUUCUUUAGUUCUCGAGGAACGGUGGGGCGACCGGUCACGCACCGCAAAGGCCGUGGCUGGCGUGGUGGCUUCCUUGGUACUGCCAUUGAGCAGUACAUCAAACUCGAUCUGAACAAAUGGCUUCGGGUUUUACGACAUCUGGAACUCCUACCCAGGCCCAUGGGUCAGGAUUGGAGUGAGAUCUGGCUACAGAAAUUCAGCGGCACGAUUACGAUCUGGCCUAAGAGCAUCCCAUCGGAUUUCUACCACAUCCUUUCUGACCCGACUCCCGAGCGGCUUGCGCGCAUGAUCCAUGUCGGCCAACAAAGCGCCUUCCCCAAAAUACAGUUUAUCAAGAACCGGCUGAACAUUGAACGUGCUAUUGUGAGAGGCCUCCAGCAACACUCUGUGACGAGCGGGCGUUCUCUUUCCCCGGCCCUGUCUCGUCGGCUGGAAACCCCGAAGCAUGAGCCCUUUGAUGCGGUCGAGCAGCGAUUGGAUGAAAACUUCCCCGAAAGAAGCGACAAAGGCGACUCUCGUUACGUGGAAUUCUCUGAUGGCAUAUCCCAAUCAACCGCGUCCUCGCGCCCUCAGACCCCGGAUUCCCGGCGGGGCAGCCUGAUAGAGGAAAUGCGACGCCAGUCCGCCGUUUUCUUUGAUGAUCCAGACCUCUACGGGGGCGAGUAG